AUGAGUGUCCCAGAAACAGCGAAGAACCUACUUACAACAUAUACCAAGGAGGUACAGGAUGCUGACAAACUUGCCGAAGAACUGCCAGACGAGUCUGGCAGUGCUGAUCUGUUCAGAGGAGGCGAAAUACAAACCGUUCAAGAUCUUUUCAAGUUCGUACCCACCGUUGACCGCACAUCCCUCCUACAGCAGAAGAUAGGGUGGAUAGUCAACUUUUACGUGAGCUAUUCGGCCGAAAACCGAGAUUUUGUCACCUCAACAUUUACAUCACUGGUGAAUGUGAGCGAUUCAAGUUCCGACGCCAUAGAGAAGGAACUCAACAUCCAAGAACGUCCCGAAAACGACGACUUGCUGCAGCAGAUAAUCAUGAUGAAGACUGUCCUGAGGAGGGAUCUUUAUCAACAUCUUUUCACUAUGAAGCAAGCUUUUGAGCGUUGGGAUGACCAAAUCGUCAAGUCAUCCUUUGGUCCUGGCAAGUCUGGCGUUGUCAUGGAGCCGAGUGUUAUGAGCUACCAGCGAUGGACCAAGAUUCCCAAAAUGGCCAUGCCUUGCUCGACGGAAGUCACCAAGACCUUCAAUAAGUCGGGGUUCGCUAAGACCUUUUCUUUCACGGAGUAUUCCAAGUGCAUGGUUGAGGGCGCAACUGCAUAUUACCCGAAGCUUCAGAUCCCUUACCUUCGGUUGAGUUUGUAG